CCCCAACACUUUAUUCUUACCACUAGCUGCCGCCCUCCCUUCCGCCAUUGUCCAUCUCGCCGCCGACCUCGCCCGCCGCCUCCUCCUCGACCUCCCCGGUGACUCCUUGCCGCGGCAGGCGACCAGGGCUCGCGCGCUCGCUCGGCGACCCGUGCAUCGGGGCGCGCGCGCGGCAAUUGGUUCCCGCCGCCACUCCUAGCAGAAGAGGCUCUUGUGGCCGUGGUUCUGUAUCUAGUGAGGUGAGGAGCUGGACUGGUAAAAGUCCAGUGGACCGGCACGUGUGUGCAGAGACUUUUUGAGAUCACAAGUUUCGAAACAAGAAGUUACAAUAGCAGUUGAAGAUAUUCUGCCCUGCGCUUAUUACUAUACACUUUUGGCGGUCUGGUUCUUGUUUGAGCUGUCUGUAAGAUUUCAGUUCAUGGUGGCUGGAUGAGCAGCUGAAAUGCUACUGGCUGUGGAGGGAGGAGGUUUUUUCUCGUCAUCUGCAUCAGGAUACAGCCAUGGCCUUGCGCUUUUGCUACUCGGACGGAAAAGUGAAGAACAGCCUGUGAAGGCAUCGCCCUGGAACCACUAUCGACUAGUUGACCGAGAUGCUGGGCAUGGUGGGCAGCUGGCUUCAGCGAAGGACGAUGUUCCUGGUAAAUGUGCUUCCUUUACCUGCUUUGGCUGCACACCUGCUAGGCUUGAGGGCGCAUCUCCUCCGAAAUUGAGCUCAAGUAACACGCCUCAGAAAUUAUCAAGUUCCACAAAUGGGAACCGAAUAGCGAAUGGUUCCAUCAACGGAAUUGGGAAAAAAGGUUGUCUUAAGAGUAACUCGAAAAGGGACUCUUCUGACCGUAGUUCUAUUGUAAGUGAUGGUGAGGAACCACGGGAGUCUCUGGAAGAGGUGCAAACUUUGAGAACUGGAAUGGAGCGAAGAAAAGUCCACUGGACUGACACAUGCGGGAAGGAACUUUUUGAGAUCAGAGAAUUUGAAACAAGCGAUGAAGGUCUAUCAGACGAUGAAGGGGAGAACGAUGGUUUCCGGAAAUGUGAGUGUGUGAUCCAGUAGCCCAGUCUCUCCGUGACGACAACGAUGCUUCAUGGCGUCCUGAAGCUCUCUGGUUGUUCUCAUAGACGCGGUGCUGGGUUCCUACUUUAGGCUUACAAUUUUGUCUGGGCUGACCUCUCCAUUCCCCACCUCUGUUAGUUUCUUUUGUUUUUGUUCCUCUUUGUUGGGUUCGGCCUGCCGAUGUACCAUAUGUAACUUCCCCAUUCUUUUUUUCCCCAGAGUGGCUCGCUGAUGUUGAUUUGGUGUUUCGGUUUUGGUUCGCCGUUGAAUGUUGAUAUAUAUACUGUGGAUGAAAGGUGUAGCUGAUCAAUUGACCUGUUAA